CUUAUUAGAUUAUGUUGCUUUAGAAUCUUUAGACUGAGUUUUUCGUCAACUGAUUUUAUCCGCGAAAUGGCACCGAAUACGGAAUCUUACAAUCAGGAUGAGCUGGAGGCGCCCUCUUGGCUGGACUCUCAGUACUUCAGAGACGUGCUAAGCGCCCAUGAAAAUGACGAACAGGUGGAGAUAAUUGAUGUUAAGAUCUCACCUGCCACAGGCAAGGGCGAUCACUAUGCCAGCGUCAUGUUUAGAGCUGGAGUGGAGUAUAAGAGGGCACAGGGGGAAAAGUCCUUCAAGUCGCUCAUCAUCAAGACCAUGCCUGAACAAGACGGCCACAAGAAGGACCUGUUGGGUGAGUCGCAUAUCUUCGAAACCGAGAUCAACAUGUACUCGAAGAUUCUGCCCAAGUUUGAGCAAAUACUCCGUGAGGUGGGAGAUGAGACGAAAUUGUAUGCGCCCUGCGUCUACCACAGCAUGAAGCCAAGACAAGUGAUGAUAUUUGAGGAUCUAUUGGUACAGGGUUACACCGUCCUUCGGGAUAGGGAGCCGACCUUCGAAGAGGUUCGCAGUGCAUACUGUAAGCUGGGCAAGUGGCAUGCUGUGAGCUAUAAGUUGAACAAAGAGCAACCAGAAUUCCUUAAGGAAUUGAAAUACAGCUUGUUUGAGCUGCCGAAAAUCGAUGGAGAUAAAUUCUUUUUGAGUGGGAUGGGCAUAUUCAUCGAAAUGCUCGAAGCGGUACCAGAUCUGACUGCCUACAAGCCUUACUUCGAGAAAAUUCUGCCCAACUAUAUGAAGCGCUGCAGGGAAACUUUUAUGGGCCACAGGGAAAAUCCCCAAGAAAAUGCUUAUUAUGUCCUCUGCCACGGCGACUUUCAUGUCAAGAACUUAAUGUUCAGGUACAACAAGGAAGGCGGAGCACUUGAGGACUGCAUGCUUGUGGACUUCCAAAUGAGCAAUGUGGGCCCCAUGCCUAUCGAUAUCAUUUACUCUAUCUAUCAGAUGCUGUCGCCGGAGCAACGGCAUUCACAACGCGACGAAUUAAUAUAUAUCUACUUUUCUACAUUUACGGAGACUUUGAAAAAAAUAAACUUUAAUGGGGAGUUACCCACAUUAGCCGAGUUUCGACGUCAGAUAUUUCAACAUAAGUAUUUUGAAUUCUUUUUGUUGGCAACAUUUUUGCCUGUGAUGCAUGCAAUGAAGAAGGGAAAGUUUGAGAUAUCUGAAGUGGUUAUGGAUAAAAACCUGAGGUUAAGUCUAUAUUAUAAUGAUGAUUAUCUAGAGGAUGUUAGGAGUACUCUGAAACGCUAUUUGCAUUGUGGCUACUUUGAUGAGCUUGAAUAAACGCAAUGAUAUUGUAAUACAUGUAUAUUAUAUAUACCUAUGUAAUUGAUAUAAUAAAUUGUUCAUUGCUUAAUUUGCAAUA